AUGGAUUCAGAAGAGAUGAAAAAAUCAGUUGACCAGCUACGAAAAUCGUUCAUUGAUGAUCCAGAUUCUGGACAAUUGGAUCCUCGUGAUUUACAAAUUGUCAAGAAUUCCGAUAUUCCCUGUAUAUCGUUCAUUGAGACAACGGCCUCACUUUCAAAAGCCCUGGACACCAUGAAGAAACACUGCCAAUGGCGCUUGAAGGAUUCAAUCAACGAUCUGAAAGCUUCUGACCUUCCGAUUGAAGUUUUCCGUUUGGGUUGGAUUUACUAUUCGGGUAGUGACCUUUCAGGUCGACCCGUUAUGUGGAUCAGAUUAAAGGUUCCCCUUGGACCGAAACCUUUGCUGUACAAAUAUUUCACUUACACAAUGGAACAGGUUCGAAAUCGAACUCUGGCCGAAAACAUGAAGCCCGUUGUUGUUUACGAUUGUCGAGAUCCAAGUAUCGAUAUAAGUGCUCUUAAGGAAUUAGUCAACAUUGGAAUUAAUCAGUAUCCCCCUUGGAUCGAGUAUAUUAUUUUCCUCGAAAUGUCCACUGCUUUCGCCUUUUUUUGUAAAGCUUUUCGAUACUUUUUCCCGAAACAUCUUCGAGAUCAUAUUCAAUUUUUAUCCAUCCCCGAGUUGGAAACUCUCAUCUCAACGGAAAAUUACCCUGAUUACAUGGGAGGAAAAGUGACCACAAUUGACCAGUCGACUCUUGAACAAUGUCCAACCUUCAAAGAAUCGAGGAAAGUUGGAAAAGUCGACAAGAAAAGGCCUCGAACUAUGCUCACACCCAAGCAAUUUGCGCUAUUUUAA